UUUGAAGCCUGCGGGGACGCGGGGGCGCGGCCGCGAAGCUGGACCGGUCGAGGUUUCCUUGGCUGCCUGAUCCCCUUUAGACCAGUCAUCAUGCCUAUCCGUGCGCUGUGCACCAUCUGCUCCGACUUCUUCGACCACUCCCGAGAUGUGGCCGCCAUCCACUGCGGCCACACCUUCCACCUGCAGUGCCUAAUUCAGUGGUUUGAGACAGCACCAAGUCGGACCUGCCCACAGUGCCGAAUCCAGGUUGGCAGAAGAACCAUUAUCAAUAAGCUCUUCUUUGACCUUGCCCAAGAGGAGGAGAGUGUCUUAGAUGCAGAAUUCUUAAAGAAUGAACUGGAUAAUACGAGAGCCCAGCUUUCCCAGAAAGAGAAGGAAAAAAGGGACAGCCAGGUCAUCAUUGACACCCUGCGGGACACGCUGGAAGAACGCAACGCCACUGUGGAAUCUCUGCAGAAGGCCUUAGACAAGGCCGAAAUGCUGUGCUCCACCCUCAAGAAGCAGAUGAAGUACUUGGAGCAGCAGCAGGACGAGAGCAAACAAGCCCAGGAGGAGGCGCGCCGACUCAGGAGCAAGAUGAAAACCAUGGAGCGGAUUGAGCUCCUGCUCCAGAGCCAGCGGCCCGAGGUGGAGGAGAUGAUCCGAGACAUGGGUGUGGGGCACUCCGCGGUGGAGCAGCUAGCCGUGUACUGCGUGUCCCUCAAGAAAGAGUAUGAGAAUCUAAAAGAAGCACGGAAAGCCUCAGGGGAGCUGGCGGACAGACUGAAGAAGGACUUGUUUUCUUCCAAAAGCAAGUUGCAGACAGUCUACUCUGAACUAGACCAGACCAAGUUGGAGCUGAAGUCGGCGCAGAAGGAUUUACAAAGUGCUGACAAGGAGAUUGUGAGCCUGAAAAAAAAGCUAACGAUGCUGCAGGAAACCCUGAACCUGCCACCCAUGGACAGUGAGACUGUCAACCGCCUGGUUUUAGAGAGCCCAGCCCCCAUGGAGAUGCUGAGCCUGAAGCUUCGCCGACCGGCCUUCGGUGAUGACAUUGACCUCAAUGCCACCUUUGAUGUCGACACGCCUCCAUCCCAGCCCUCCAGCAUCCAUCAUGGCCGUGCCAAGAAGCUCUGCCAAGAGAUAGCACACUCUCCCGUUCAGGACAUCCCCAAGAAGAUGCCCAAAGGCCCCAAGCAGGAGUCCCAGCUCUCACUGGGCGGCCAGCACUGUGUGGGAGAGCCAGAUGAGGAGCUGGCUAGUGCCUUUCCUGUCUUCAUCCGGAAUGCCGUCUUAGGCCAGAAACAGCCCAAGAGGGCCAAGGCAGAGACCUGUCACGGCACAGAUACGGUAAGGACAGGCUUCGAUGGGCUUGGAGGUCGGACAAAAUUCAUCCAACCUACUGACACGACUAUGAUCCGCCCAGUACCUGUGAAACCCAAGCCCAAGACUAAGCAGAGAGUGGGGGUGAAGAGAGCGCUCCCUCCCUCCCAGGCCAAGCUGGACACCUUCCUGUGGUAGUGAGAACAGUGAGCCGGAUCAAUGGCCAGAUACAUGCCUCCAAUUUAUAGGCCAGGACUGGCUCAGCAGGGGGUUUGGGGGGCAAGACCCCACUUCCAGGACCAGCCCCAAGGUCAAGGGUAGACAAAAAGUUGGGGGAGAGGGUGAGGCCCAGAAACGGUGCUUUACUUGCACUUACCCUUGCCCCCCCCGCCCCCAAACACACACACCGGGUCUAACAUACUGGGCCUAUGUGUGGUUGCUGAAGUGAGACCAGCAGGACUUCCUCCUUGUCAGAGGCUCCUGUUUGUAGCCAGAUGUGGCUGGGCUGCUUCUGAUUCUCCAGACUAAGGUCUUUUGUUGACUGUGUGGACCAAAGUGCCUGGGGCUUCUUGGGCAGUUUCAGCCUGCCCAAGCUUCUGCCUGCUUCUGACUUGCUGCUAGGCGUGGCCAGAACAGAGCAGGAUGGGGAAUGGGGGGAUGGUGGUGGGGAGAGGAUUGGGGGGAGGGGAAGAUUUCUAUGUAAAAUAAAAAAGAUAGAAUUUUUUCUUCAUGGCUCUGGGAGUAUGAAUUUGCAUCAACACUUUGGCAAACCGUUUGGCAUAAUUUUCUAAAGUAGGGCCUUCACCUAGACUCAGACUUAGUAGUCCUACCCUUAGGCAUGUGCCCCCUCCUAGGGCACAAGGAGACUCCAGCAGGAAUGAGACCACUGCAGUUUUGUCCACAGUCCAAGCUGGGCACAGCCCAAAUGCCAUAGGCUGGAAAGCAAUUGGGUUAACAGGUAUAGCCAUACAGGGAACUCCCAGCAAGCAAAAUAAAUAAUCAGUGACCUUUGAGUCUUAACUUCAAGAGCGCUUGCUCCUAGACUUCCCCUUGUGACCUCUAGCUUGGCUGAGAUCUCCUACAGUUCCCUUUCUCACCACUGCAGGGGGGUUCAUCUGUCUCUACGGGGCCCAGCAUGGGCCUGGCACAGGGAGUGAAGAUGAGUGCCCUCAUGCUUCGGGCUGAGCAUGCUCCGCUGCCCCCAGCACAUCUGGAGGAGCAUCACAGAGAGAAAGUAAUGCUUGGUUACGGGGGCUGGGUCCCUCUGCUGCCACCUUGAACCAAGGAGGUUUGAUGAGGGGAGGUGCAGCCUCAACCUAAGGGUGCAGUCGGUGGCGGCCUAAUAGCCGGCCGAGUGAUCUUAGGCAAACUACCUAGCCUCUCUGAGUCUCAGCCUCUUUAAAGUGGGGACAGUAGCACUAACCUCCCAAUUGUGAGAACCUGAUGAGUCAGCGUUGCAGGUUAAGAAUUUAUGACCCCUAAGAAAAUAAUGCAGACUCAAAAGACAAAUAUUGUAUGAUUUCACUUAAAUGAGGUAUCUAGAAUGGGUAAAUUCAGAGACAGAAGUAGAAUAGAAUAGAGGUUACCAGGGGCUAGAGUGAGGAGAAAACAAGGAGUCCUUAAUGGUUAGAGAGUUUCUGUCUGGGGUGAUUUGUUUUCUUGCUACAUAAACUACCCCCCCCACCAGCUUUUAAAGAAUUCCAGUAUAGUUGGGUGCCUGGGUCGCUCAGUUGGUUAAGCAUGCAACUAUUGAUCUCAACUCAG